UCAUGCAGGCUGCGCCCUUCCAGUAUGAUUUCUACAGCGAGGAGAACGCGCCCAAAUGGAGAGGACUGCUGGUGCCGUCACUCAACAAGGUGCUGAGUCAGGUGCACCCGAAGCUGUCGUCUCAGCAGGAGGCGCUGCAGUACAUCGAGGGCCUGAUCCUGGUGCUGCUCAACACUCUGUGUCAGGCUCAGCCGCGCACCGUUCAGGACGUGGAGGAGCGUGUUCAGAGGAGUUUCCCGCACCCCAUCGAGAAAUGGGCCAUCGCCGACGCUCAGGCCGCUAUCGAGAAGAGGAAGAGGAGGAACCCGCUGGCACUUCCUGUCGACAAGAUCCACCCGCUGCUCAAGGAGGUUCUGGGUUAUAAGAUCGAUCAUCAGGUGUCGGUGUACAUCGUGGCGGUGCUGGAGUACAUCUCUGCAGAUAUCCUGAAGCUGGCCGGGAACUACGUGCGGAACAUUCGUCACUAUGAGAUCUCGCAGCAGGACAUCACUGUGGCCAUGUGUGCCGAUAAGGUACCAUUUCUGACAGAAGGUUUGCUCUGCUUGUCUGUGGAGGAGGACAUCAGUGUGUUUCCUCUGGACGAGGAGCCGUCGGCGGCCGAGGAGCAGAUGUACUAUGAUCUGGUGAAGGCCUUCAUGGCGGAGGUGCGUCAGUAUCUGCGCGACCUCAACCUCAUCAUCAAGGUUUUCCGUGAGCCCUUCGCCUCCAACGCCAUGCUGUUCUCCGCUCACGACGUGGAGAACAUCUUCAGCCGGAUCGUGGACAUCCACGAGGUGACGGUGAAGCUGCUGGGGCUGAUCGAGGACACGGUGGAGAUGACGGACGAGGGCAGUCCUCACCCGCUCGUGGGCAGCUGCUUCGAGGACCUGGCCGAGGUGAUUGCCUUUGACCCCUACGAGACGUACGCACAGGAUAUCCUGCGCAGCGGCUUCCACGACCACUUCCUGAGUCAGCUGUCCAAACCCGGAGCGGCCCUCUACCUGCAGUCCAUCUGUGAGGGCUUCAAAGAGGCGGUGCAGUAUGUGUUACCACGGUUACUCCUCACGCCCGUCUACCACUGUCUGCAUUACUUCGAGAUUCUAAAGCAACUGGAGGAGAAGAGUGAGGAGGAGGAGGAUAAAGAGUGUUUGAAGCAGGCCAUUACUGCCCUCCUGAACCUGCAGAGCAGCAUGGAGAGAAUCUGCUCCAAGAGCCUCGCCAAGAGACGCCUCAGCGAGUCGGCGUGCCGCUUCUACAGCCAGCAGAUGAAGGGCAAACACCUGGCCAUCAAGAAGAUGAAUGAGAUCCAGAGGAACAUCGACGGCUGGGAGGGCAAAGACAUCGGCCAGUGCUGCAACGAGUUCAUCAUGGAGGGCACGCUCACGCGGGUCGGAGCCAAGCACGAGCGCCACAUCUUCCUGUUCGACGGCCUCAUGAUCUGCUGCAAGUCCAACCACGGCCAGCCGCGUCUGCCGGGAGCCAGCGCCGCCGAGUACCGGCUCAAAGAGAAGUUCUUCAUGAGGAAGGUCCAGAUCAACGACAAGGACGAUAAGGAGGGCGAGUACCGGCACGCCUUCGAGAUCAUCCUGAAGGACGGGAACAGCGUGGUGUUCGCUGCUAAAUCUGCGGAGGAGAAGAACGGCUGGAUGGCGGCGCUGAUCUCGCUGCAGUACCGCUCCACGCUGGAGCGCAUGCUGGACACGGCCAUGCUGCAGGAGGAGAAGGAGGAGCAGAUGAGGCUCCCCGGGGCCGAGGUGUACCGCUUCGCUCAGCCCGACUCCGAGGAGAACGUCGUGUUCGAGGAGAACGUCCAGUCCAAAUCCGGCAUUCCCAUCAUCAAAGCCGGAACGGUGCUGAAGCUCAUCGAGCGGCUGACCUUCCACAUGUACGCCGAUCCUAAUUUCGUCAGGACGUUUCUGACCACGUACCGAUCGUUCUGUAAAUCUCAGGAGCUGCUGGAUCUGCUCAUGGAGAGGUUUGAUAUUCCUGAACCCAAACCCACGGAAGCGGAUCAGAUGGCCAUGGAGAACGGAGACCAGCCGCUGAGCGCAGAACUCAAACGCUUCCGCAAAGAGUUCGUUCAGCCUGUACAGCUGAGGUACACACCGAAUCAGAUGGCCAUGGAGAACGGAGACCAGCCGCUGAGCGCAGAACUCAAACGCUUCCGCAAAGAGUUCGUUCAGCCUGUACAGCUGAGAAAUGACGUUCUGUUGAUGCUGCAGAAGUUCUUUGAGAACCUGAACCCGAUGGAGGACAUGACGGAGAAGGAGUUCGCCGACUAUCUGUUCAACAAAUCUCUGGAGAUCGAGCCGCGUAACGCUCGCACGCUGCCUCGAUUCCCGAAGAAGUACAGCUGUCCUCUGAAGUCUCCGGGUGUUCGCCCGUCCACCGUCCGGCAGGGAACCAUGCGGCACCCGACGCCGCUGCAGAACGAGCCCCGAAAGAUCAGCUACAGCCGCAUCCCAGACAGCGAGACGGAGAGCAGCGCCGCUUCAGCACCCAACUCUCCCCGCACUCCACUGACGCCUCCACCAGCCUCCGCAUCCAGCUCCACCGAGAUCUGCAGCGUCUUCGACUCGCCACAGCCGCCCUCCAGCCCCUUCCACUCCAACAGCGACACUAUAUUCGCUCCGGUCUCUCUCCCGCACGGCCCACGAUCUUCUUCAGUGUCGUCGAUGAUGAGUUUCCUUCGGAAUGACGAGCUUCCCGUUCCUCCGCCCAUCCCUCCGCGCCGCCGGCCCGAGUCUGCGCCCGCCGAGUCCUCGCCCUCCAAGAUGAUGUCGAAGCACCUGGACAGUCCUCCGGCGAUCCCGCCGCGUCAGCCCACCACCAAGGUGUACUCGCCCCGUUACUCGCUGACAGAGCCGCCCGACAGCCCCCCCACCCUGCCGCCGCGGGAGCCGGUGCGAACGCCAGACGUCUUCUCCAGCUCCCCGCUGCACCUGCAGCCGCCUCCACAGGGCCGCCGCUCCGAGCCCAGCCAGGCCUUCUUCCCCCCGCAGACGCCCGGGCCGCCCGUCCCGCCGCGCCACAGCACCUCGCAGUCACCCAUCCCCAAGCUGCCCAAGACCUACAAGAGAGAGUCUCCACCGCGACGGGCCGCCGCUGCUGGAGAACGCAAACCCCUCGUAGAGCGACGCGUUUACAGACAGUGCUGGAGUGAAGCGAAAACAGACGAAAGCAACAUGUGCCCUUAAAGGGACGGAUCAGCCGAGAAUGGGAAUUCUGUCAGUGUUGAGUCACCCUCAAGCUGUUUCAAACCUGUACGAGCUUCUUUCUGCUGCUGAACACAAAAAAUAUUUUUUGCCCAUAUAAUGGAAAUCAAGGGGAACUGGAAUUCUUCAAAAUAAUUAGAAGACACUUAGAAGAACCCCGAAAAUAUAUAUAUAUUUUUUUUAGAAUGUUGGUAACCAAACAGCUGACGGCACCCAUAGACUUCCAUAGUAUUUUAAGCCCAUGUAAUGGAAAUCAGUGGGAACCAAAACUGUCUGUUACCAACAUUCUUUAUAAUAAUUAUGAGACACUAAAAAGAACCCCCCCCCCAUUUUUUUUUAGAAUGUUAGUUACCAAAUAGCUGACGGCACCCAUGGACUUCCAUAGUAUUUUAAGCCCAUAUAAUGGAAAUCAAGGGGAACUGAAAUUUUGUUACCAACAUUCUUCAAAAUAAUUAGAAGACACUUAGAAGAACCCAAAAAUAUAUAUUUUUUAGAAUGUUGGUAACCAAACAGCUGACGGCACCCAUAGACUUCCAUAGUAUUUUAGGCCCA